UCUUCUCGCGAUGUCUGCGGGCAGGCGAGCGAGGGAGCGCUGAGGCGCUCGUUCUCGCGGGAUUUCCGGGCUCCGGCGAGCGUCGGCUGGUCGCUGAGGUGACGCCGCCGCGUCAGGCCCCACCCCCACCCCCCAUCCCCGCGCCCGGCGCUCCGGGCGGGCAGUGCGGGGCAGCCGGUUACGUGCUGUGCCCUCCUCGCCGCCGAGAGCGGCGGGUCUGCCGGGCGCCUCCCCCUGGCCCGAUGGACGCCUCGGCCCCGCAGGCCCGCGCGGACUCCCGCAAAGACAGGUGGUGUCCAGGAGAAAGAUGUCUUGCUCCUUCUUUGGAUAACAAAAAGCUUUGUGAAGCAAGCAUAAAAUCUAUUACUAUGGAUGAAAAUGGGAAACCUUUUGCAGUUGUCUUGUAUCCAGACUUUCAAGAAAAGAAAAUACCUCUUCAAAGACUUCAAGAAGUAAAGUCAACUAAAGAUUAUUCUAGAAGUCUUAUAUUUGAUGAUGAAGAUUUAGAAAAACCUUAUUUCCCAAAUCGGAAAAUUCCAUCAUUGGCUAGUGCUUUCCAAUUAUCUGAAGAUGGAGACUCAAUUCCUUAUACUAUUAAUAGGUACCUGCGAGAUUACCAAAGGGAGGGUGCUCAGUUUCUCUACAGACACUACAUCGCGGGAAGAGGGUGUAUUCUUGGUGAUGACAUGGGACUUGGAAAAACAAUACAGGUUAUUUCAUUUCUGGCUGCAGUUUUGCAUAAAAAGGGAACUCGUGAAGAUAUUGAAAAUAACAUGCCAGAGUUUUUACUAAAAAGUAUGAAAAAGGAACCUUCUUCUACAGCCAAAAAGAUGUUCUUAAUAGUCGCUCCUCUUUCUGUCCUCUACAACUGGAAGGAUGAAUUGGAUACCUGGGGAUAUUUCAGAGUUACUGUUUUACAUGGUAGCAAAAAAGACAAUGAGCUGAUUCGUUUAAAGCAGAGGAAAUUUGAAAUUGCUCUGACAACGUAUGAAACACUGCGCUUGUGUCUGGAGGAGCUUAACAGUUUGGAAUGGUCAGCUAUUAUUGUAGAUGAGGCUCAUAGAAUCAAGAAUCCAAAAGCCCGAGUUACAGAGGUUAUGAAGGCUGUGAACUGUAAGGUCCGCAUCGGCCUCACUGGCACUAUCCUUCAGAACAACAUGAAGGAGCUGUGGUGUGUCAUGGACUGGGCUGUGCCAGGACUUUUAGGUAGCAGGAUUCAUUUCAAGAAACAAUUUUCUGACCCAGUGGAACAUGGUCAGAGACACACAGCAACAAAACGAGAACUUGCUACUGGCCGAAAAGCCAUGCACAGGCUUGCAAAAAAGAUGUCUGGCUGCUUUCUCAGGCGUACCAAGACUCUUAUCAAGGGUCAGCUGCCUAAGAAGGAAGACCGGAUGGUGUAUUGUUCUUUGACAGACUUCCAGAAAGCUGUCUACCAAACAGUGUUAGAAACCGAAGAUGUGGCUCUGAUCCUCACAUCUUCUCAACCUUGUACCUGUGGCAGUGGCCAGAAGCGCAGAAAGUGUUGUUACAAGACCAACUCACAGGGUGACACAGUGAGAACCUUGUGCCUUAGUUACCUGACUGUGCUUCAGAAAGUAGCUAACCAUGUUGCACUGCUGCAGGCUGCUAGCACCUCCAAACAUCAGGAAAAACUUCUCAAGAGGAUCUGUGAUCAGGUAUUUUCCAGAUUCCCAGAUUUUGUGCAGAAAAGCAAAGAUGCAGCCUUCGAAACACUUUCUGACCCUAAAUACAGUGGGAAGAUGAAGGUCCUUCAGCAGCUUUUGAAUCAUUUUAGAAAACAAAGAGAUAAGGUUCUUCUCUUCUCCUUUUCCACCAAGCUGCUGGAUGUGCUGCAGCAGUACUGUAUGGCUUCAGGCCUUGAUUACCGGCGACUCGAUGGAAGCACAAAGUCUGAGGAACGACUCAAGAUUGUGAAGGAGUUUAACAGUUCACAAGAUGUGAACAUAUGUCUUGUCUCCACAAUGGCUGGUGGACUAGGUCUCAAUUUUGUUGGUGCCAACGUUGUUAUAUUAUUUGAUCCAACUUGGAAUCCAGCCAAUGAUCUUCAAGCUGUUGACAGAGCAUACAGGAUUGGGCAGUGUAGAGACGUUAAAGUGCUUAGGCUAAUAUCCUUGGGGACGGUGGAGGAGAUCAUGUACUUAAGACAGGUCUACAAGCAGCAACUUCACUGUGUGGUGGUUGGAAGUGAAAAUGCCAAGCGAUACUUUGAAGCAGUACAAGGGUCAAAAGAACAUCGGGGAGAGCUCUUUGGUGUCCACAACCUCUUCAAACUAAGGUCUCAAGGGUCAUGUCUUACGAGAGACAUCCUGGAGAGAGAAGGCCAAGUGGAAGCUGGCAUCAUGACAGCCACAACAUGGUUGAAAGGGGAACCUUCAGCACAGGAACUAGAAACACCUAGAGACCCUGACUGUCAAGAACCCACAGAUGUUUGUGAGCUCUAUAGUGACAUCAGUGAUGAAGAGUCAGUGGGCCAUUCUCUGGGAAAGACUGCUAAACACAAAGUCUCUGACUCCAGUAGAACUCCAGGCUCCUCAGCACAGCUCACUUUGCUACAGUGUGGAUUCUCUAAGUUGUUUGAGGCAAAGUGUAAGUCAGUCCAGGAUGGCGAUGGAAACCCUGUGUCCAGUGACGAAAGUUCUGAUGAGCAGCCCAUGUGUCUUUCUGCAGAAGCCAGACAGGCAGCUUGUCAGAAGACUUGGGACUGUGUUUGUACUUCAGAACGUCAGAAAUCAGAUAACAUCCAAACUCCAGAUGAAAAAUGUGUUUCUGAUAAAAGCAAGAAGACUUUAGAACAGAAUGUUUCUUCUGACUCUGAUGAUGAGAGAGAGGGUCACAGUACAGCUGGACAUCGUUGCAUGGGACAGGGUGACACAGAGUCAGAAGAUAGUGACGUCAUCUUUCCCACACAGUAUCCCACUCAGAGAAUCCCUAAGAACCAUACAUGCUUAAAGCAGCUGUUAGGUGGAUCUGAAGAUUCUGAAACAGAAAACCCUGUGAACGUAAAUCAUGGUGAUGACAGACAGAACAGCGGCAGGGGAAAUGGACCAGUUUCAAAUCUCUUGUGUCUUGAGAAUAUGACCUCGAAAUCUGUUAGGAAAAGAAAAGGUAUAGAUGAUAUUAGCGAUGAGUCUGAUGACGUUGACAUGUUCCCCAAGUCAAGAGUAAGAAAGCAAAGAGCCACUACUUCCUUGAAAUUUAAUAGAAAAAAGGAAAACAAAAGGAAAGUUGAUAAUUCUUCUGUAACGGCAAAGGAAGCAAAUCAAGUGUGUGCAGCAGAUAGAGACUGCAGCUCUCAGGUUAUUGAGGAGUUUUCAUCCUCAGAUGACAAUUUGUCUGGCAGCCACUCGAGUUUCACUAAACUAAGUCACAGAGCAGAAACUGUAAAAGAUAAAAUCAACUUGUUCCCCAAACUGCCUGGCCCGGAUAAGAAAAAUAACACUUUUAUAUCAAGAAAACCACCAAGCUUUUUAAAUGAAGGAAUUGUCAGUCAAGAGCAAAUAUGCAACUCAAUGGAUAAAAUAUUAGAUGGGGUUCAGGAAGUGGCAUAUAUCCACUCAAAUCAGAAUGUGAUCGGAUCAAGCAGAGCUGAAAACCACAUGAGCCGAUGGGCAACACGUGAUGUUUUUGAAUUGAAGCAGUUUUCCCAGCUCCCUGCUAAUGUAGCUGUUUGCAGUUCUAAGACAUACAAAAAUAAGGUGAAGGCAAACAUAGUGUCACCUACAGAGAAAGAUCAACCAUCAAAUGCUGGAGGCAUUUCCUCUCCUCUGUACGUAUCCCACCCUGUAAUCCAGAAAAAGAAAGAUGUAUAUCGAACUAACCACACUACCUUCAUCAUUGGAGAAACACCAAGAGGAAUCCGCAGUUGGUUCCUGAGCUGCCUGGAAAGGGGGUAGCAAGCCCCACAGAAUCCCAUAGAGCUGGCACAAGGCAACACCUUAUCCUGCCUGGCAGGCUUGCCUGACAACAGCAACUUCUGCAGGGUAUACUUUUUAUUGUUGUCAAUGAUACUUCUAGAAGACUGACUACAUUUCCCCAGUCUUUAAAGAAGGGUGGGUCUUGGUCCCUAUAGUGGUGUCUUUUCAAAAGGAAGCUGGUAUAGCAAUGAUUUGUUCUUACUUCCUUUCAUUGUUUUCUCAUCCCUUCCUGCUGUCAUCACAGUCAGAGUCGAGGCUGUACCUUGUAGUGGCUAAGUGAUAAACUUCUAGGGCUUUCAGCACAUCUAACCUCAGAAAGCAAGGCAGUGACAUGGUGGUGUCAGAUAUAGUGGAGGAAAAGUGCUUUGAAAUUUAGUCAUCUCCUCAUAGACAUGCUAAUGGAUUCCUAACUUGGUUUUUAUUUUCCCUUCUCUUAAAGCUACUCUACUGGUUUUUUUCUCAUAAAAGCAGUUAGCUUAUGUUCUGUUAUACUUUGCAUUUCCUUGAAUUCUUAAAGAAAGUUCUACUGAAGUCCCAGAAUUAGAAAAAUUAAUGGGAAGGCCAAAAAUCAUUCUGUAAGGGACAGCCAUAGGCAUAACUCAUUCAAAGGCUCCUUGGGUUAAAUAGCGUUGAAGCAUCACCCCUCCCCCAGGGUCACAGGUGAGGUUAUGAGAUAAAAUUACUUUGGCAUCUGCUGAGACAUCACCAAGUCUUGGAUAAAUUAAAGAUAUCACCUAACAUCCCACUGUUAUUAAAUCUUUGUAAAUAAGUACAAACACUGAGUCAUAGAAAUGGAUUGUGACGAGUAAGGGCAGAAUAGUAACAUCCUCUUACUUCAUGUGACAUGACAGUGGAACCAUUUAAGAACAUGCUUGUGUUCCAACAACAACAUUGGCAGUUUCCAGGAUAGAAAUUGGGGUGGGGAGGCAGGUGGCUUACUGGUGGAAUGAAAUACAUUGUUGUAGGUGGGUAUGACUAUUGAUUAGAUAUGGAACAUAUGACGAGGCAUGAAUGUGCUCCAGAAGCCAUGGCACACCUCUCAGCCACAAAAGCAUGUGGGCACUCAUCUUAGGCUGCCACUGCAACCACUGGAAGGCAGACAUAAGUGAACAGGAAAUCACCAAAAGCAGUGCUGUUAAUGCUCCUACAAAUAUACAUUUUAAAAAAACAUUGUUUUACCCUAAGAAUGUUAUAUGUAGGAGAAAAUUCAGCCUUAAAACCUGCCAAUGAAGACCUGUGAUUGCUGGCCAGUUCUGCUUUUUUACCUAUUCUGAUGUGUUCUAGAUCCCAUGAGAACUAGUUCUUGGAUGAUUCUUGGCUCAUCCUUAACUGAUGGUUCAGGUGGCAACAGAGAACCUCUUCCUAACAUUUGUCUACCAGCAAGUACUGUGAGUGCCUGUAGAGCUGAAUUUACCCCUUCAUGAUGAGACUCUACAUUGAUUGUAUUGCUUUGACUCCUUUAGCAAGAUGGAACUUCGUGAGGCAGGGGACUGGGUCUCUUUGUACAGUGGUGUACUAUUGUGUAGUUUGUACAGUGGUGCUUGGACACAACAGGACUUUGUAAAAACUGGUACACCUGUUGUCUAAAAUGAGUGGGGCCUUUAACAUGUGCUAUAACACUGGCUUUUGUUUUUAUCUAAAGACAAAUCUGCAGACACUGAGCUCUCACAACUUAAAGCCCAAACACAGCAUCAGCAUAUAUAUAUAUAUAUAUAUAUAUUUUAAGUGGGGAUGGGGAUAAGACAGGGCCUGGUGAUGCCCAGACUGGCCUCAAAUAUAGCAUAUAGCUGAGGAUGAUUGAGAAUCAAUCCUUCACAGUCAGUAUUGGGAUCCACACACGUGUUCUGCCAAGCCUGGUUCAAAACUGGAGCUUUAAAAAUACCAUUGCACUAGUUCUUUCUCUCACCCUAGGAAGACUUAAUCCUGGGGGAUUCCAUGUUCUUCCCAUGACCUUACAUUAAUCCUGUAGGUCCUUUUGCCAAGACUCUAACAUUGGACUUCAGUGUGGUUUAGGGAGUAGGUACAAUUCAGACUUCAAAUCCUUCCCUGUGAAAAGUAGCAGUCUGUGGCUCAAGGAACCUAAGUUUUCUACCUCCACUUUACCAGGGUUCCAGAAGGCCCAUUUGUGUGUGUACGUACCGAAGUGUUAGUAUCCUAGUCGAGGAUGGCAAGUCACUACUUCAAAUAAGAUCUUACUCUUUCUGCUUAUUUGCUUUCUUUGCUUUUGAAAUAGGGCCACCCUGUAUAACCCAUACUGCCUUAAACUUCCCAUCCUCUUGCCUCUUGAGAACUAGGUUUAUAUCUGUGCACCACCAUGCUUAGAAAGUCGUAUCUGGCUUCCAAGGUUAGCUGUUUGCACUAAAGGUGAAUUAUUAGGAAAAAAGAACUACACUUACAGAGCUUUCUUUUAAGCUCAGCACAAUGUCAGGAAAUUCUACACUGAAAGAAAGGGAAGGGGAAAUUUUAAUUUUUCUAGAAUUUUCCAUUUACUGAAGCCAUUCUUUAACAAUAUUAUUCUAUGGGACUUGAUUGCCAUAUACAUUCUCAAAUACAGAUUGUAUAAAUGAUGAUCCUCAUGUUAGUCAUAAAUUGGCUGACUAGAAGAGUAGCCUGCUGGGCUCUCAUAAUUCCCAGGAAGUAUAUAAUAGUAUAAAUCAGAGUUACCUAAAAACCUGAUGAUUUAAUGAGCCCAAAGACCAUGAUUUCUAGCAGCAUUGGGGAAGAAGCAUAUUCUCCUAGGAUGAAGAUAAGCUUAUGUUCCAGAGGGAUGAGGCACAUUGCUUUCUUUACCUUUGUGUUUCCUGUCACUGCUAACAUUAAAUAUUCUUA